AUGGCAACCAAAAAAAAAAAAGGAUAUAGAGUGAAACAAGUUACAAAGACAGUACAAGGCAUCUGCCGCCGACCAAUUGCCUCCCAACUAUUGAAAAUGCUGCGCAUACUAAAGAAGUAUACCACAUCAAAUGGGCCCAGGUUCAUUCCUCAGCCGUUGUUCAACGGUUCUACUCCUCCCGCUCCAUUUACACAAUCCGUUCAGUCAUCCCUAAGCAGAAAACCGUUCUUAGAAAUCGGAAUAAUCAUCAGUCUUGGAGCACUAUCAUACUUCGCCAUCGAUAACUACAACGAACGAAUGAAGCUGGAAUCGAAGCUAAACAACCAGGUCAUCAAGUCCCAGCAGAUGCAAGAGGUUUACUUGAAACAGAUGAACGCUCAAAGGAAGAAAAGAGAACUACAGAUCUUGAACGAAAGGAAAAGCGGACUGCAAAGACAAAUGAAGAUGGCAUUGCACAUUGCCAUGCUCAGAAAACAGUUGGUAGAUUUAGACCAAGAACCUGUAUCGAUAGAGACAAUCCAACAGGAAUACACUAAAUCCAUAAAGAUGGAAAACAGCAUAAGUAACGUUAGUGGAACUGCCUUGUGGAUCACAGACGAUUCAACUUACAAAGCAUACUUGCCCAACGCAAGAGAGUACGAUGUGUCAAUUGAUGAUUUCAGGAAGGGAUGA